AUGCACACCUUUUUCUUCCUCUUUCUGUUUGCAGGACUGAUUGUUGCAACUCUGGCAAUAUGCUGGAUGCCAAACCAGGUUAGACGGAUCAUGGCUGCUGCCAAGCCAAAGCAGGACUGGACUGUUCCCUACUUCAGAGCGUACAUCACUCUUCUUCCCAUCGCUGACAUCUUCUUCUACCUCAGCUCGGUGGUGAACCCCCUCCUGUACAACAUCUCCUCCCGGCAGUUCCGCAGCGUGUUCCUGCAGGUCCUGCGCUGCCGCCUGACCCUACAGCAUGCCAACAAGGAGAGGUUCCUCAGAGCCGACCUGAGCUCCAGAGCACAGAGCAGCCGGUCUCUACGCCCGCUGCUCUUCUUUUCGUCGAGGCGCAGUUCUUCUAGAAGGGGCAAUAACAAAGUUUUCUUGAGCACUUUUCAGAGUGAGUGCAAGCCUGACCACAGUUCACAGAAAUCAGGUCUGGAACCACCGGAGCCCAGCUUGGAAGUAGUGCCACUAGAGACCAGCUCGGAGCCCAGUCCUGGCGCUCCAAAUGGCCUCUGUGAACACUGA